AUGCGAGAAGUCCUAGUUUUUCUGACGAUAUGCGCAGCAGAGACCUUCCGCGAGAAACUCACUGUCCAACCGCUUGAAGAAGAAAAGGUUUUCACCGAAGUGGAGUUCUUCUUCCAGCGCGACGAUGCACUGCCGAAGCAUUACAGAACUUAUCCACGAGCUAUUCACGAGGUGACUUCAAAACUGAAAAUUGAAGAGCUGCAUCUUUCCCUCGCAAAAGGAGACUCUUCGGACUACCAGGCGGCAAAUUCUAAACUAGCAUCGCCCGUCGGCGCCUUCUUGGUCGCAUCUUUUCAAGAGGAUGAAAUCCCAGUUGAAGACAGAUGGAAAUCCUUGGUUGGCGUUCUCGCCGGCCUCUUUUGCAUUUCGCUGAAUCAACUUGAUACCCGCUCGGCCGUUACUCCUCCUAUUCUUCUUCCGUCAUUUGCUCAAGUGAGCAGUCCUAGCUUACGAAGAGUAGGAUUUCUUCCCCGGGAAGUUGCAUGCACUGAGAACUUGACGCCGUGGAAGAAGAUCAUUCCUACAGGAUCAACUCAUGGCCUCGCAUAUUUACUUGACAAUCCACACUACGUUCAGCAGAAUAGUGUCUUCUGGUCGCUUGGAUUCGACUUCAAGAGCGGCGACGAGCUCAUUUUUUGGCAACGAGCGAUCAUCGAUGUGAGAACUCGUUCGUCCUUGCAGCUGCUGAGUGCACAAGAGCAUUCGCAGCCGAAAACAGUGUUGACUGCAGAGUUGCUCUUUGGAAUUCGAAACUCAACAACUAGUUCGAUCGCCGAAAAGACAGAGUUUUCUUUAGUGCAGUCGAGUCAAUAUUCAGUUUUGUCUGAAGAGAUUCUUACCAAAUUCGAAGAUGAUAUUCGAUUCAACAUUCCGAUCUUAUGGAACUCCAGCAAAACAGAAAACUUGCAUCUUAAAAUUUCUCGAAAAUCGGGCGGCGGUCAAGGCGAGGGUUCCAUCAAAACAACGAUCUUCAACCCACGAGAAAUUGAGGAAGAAGUACUUACUCUGGAAGUCGUUCCCUGGUGGCUGAAACCUAGUCUUUCCUCAAGAAGAGUGAGAGGCUGCGAGGAAACUGCUUACAGUUAUAAAGCGGCGCACGAUGCCGAACGAGUAACAGGACUCAUUGUCUUUGGUUUCAAGAUCAAACCAAAGUCAGCAUGUAUCGUCGAAUACGAUUUCAAAACCGCUUGGCCGAAAUGGAACGAAUAUCCAGCAGAUGCCAACCACGGGCGCUAUCUUCCAUCGGUCAUUCUUUUUUUCCAAGAUGCUUUGACUUCUUCUCCAAGGCGCAUCUUUUCAGAGUCGGUGCUAAUUUACGUCCCAAUUCCUGAUUUUUCCAUGCCUUAUAAUGUCCUUUGCUUGGCAUGCACUGUCGUCGCCAUGGCUAUUGGCUCUGUUCAUAACCUGACUACAAGUACUGUAGUGCCCGCCUCAAGCGAAGCUCCACAAACUAACUUAGGAAAAAUCAUUCAUUUCGUCAAAGGACUUCUGAAAAAAAUUCUUCGAAAAUCCUCAAAAGAUGUAACAAAAUCUGAAAAAAUUGAGGAAGUUGCCGAAUCUGAAGAAAUACAAAGCAGCAACGCCGCGGAUAAGAAAACUCAGUAA